GAUUAUUUGAUAACUAUAAAUAUGGCUAACAUUGCUGCGCAGAGAAUCAAGAGAGAAUUUAAGGAAGUUAUUAAGAGUGAAGAGGUUGCAAAGUGUGCUAUAAAAGUUGAGCUGGUGAAUGACAACUAUACAGAAUUGAAAGGAGAAAUAGCUGGACCUCCAGAGACACCUUAUGAGGGAGGGACAUUCGUGUUGGAAAUAAAAGUGCCCGAAACAUAUCCCUUUAACCCACCAAAGGUACGAUUUAUAACCAAAAUAUGGCAUCCCAACAUCUCCUCUGUGACAGGAGCAAUAUGUUUAGAUAUCCUGAAAGAUCAGUGGGCGGCAGCAAUGACGUUACGAACAGUUCUGCUUUCACUCCAAGCCCUGCUUGCUGCUGCGGAACCUGAUGACCCUCAGGAUGCUGUUGUAGCUAAGCAAUUCAAAGAGAACCAGGAUAUGUUCAGACAAACAGCUCGUCAUUGGACGUUUGUCUAUGCAGGAGGUCCACAUAAAAAUUCUGACUUUGAAUUGAAGAUUCGAAGACUUACAGAUAUGGGCAUUGAGGAUCAUCAAGCAAGAGUAGCAUUAUCUUCAUACAACUGGGAUCUGGAAAGAGCCACUGAGCAACUGUUCAGUUAGUUAAAUCUAAAUAAGUUAGUUUGUGGUUGUAAUCAGGGAGAUAAGUCAUGUUGGCUUCAUGCUGCCAUUUGCUACUCUAAUAUCCAUACUGCUUUGUGUUUUUUAUGAAAAACACGCAAGUUAUGGUGAUGUUUUGAAAAGAAUCAUUUCUUUUUAAAAUUGGCAGUUUAGAUCUGAUAUGUAAUUUCCAUAUUAUAUUACGCGUCAAAAAAAUCAAAGACACAAAAUUGUACAUUCAUAGGGCACUGCAUUUAAUAUAAUUAAGGGUAGACUGGUCGUUAUGUUUGAAACCACAAAUGGACUUCAGGAUACUGUGGUACAUAAAUGUAUAACUAUUCAGCAAACAUUUUUAGUGCACAUUGAUACAUUUCUUCCACAUAUAUGAUUUUCCAACAAACACUCUAAAAUAAAAUAGCAUGAGUAAUUUAAAAAUUAUAUGAGUAUUGUAGUAUGAUUUGGAUGUGCUGAGAAUUGUGACUUUCAGUAACGCAUUUCACAUCAGAAAGUAAAGUCAGUAUUCUGUAUGGAAGCAGUUCUCUUCCUCCCUAUUAAUGGUAUGGAUACCUAAGCAUAAAAAAUACCACUGUAAGAUGUGUGCUAGAUUCUGAAGACAGCAAACUGUUUAUUAUUUGUUCAUUUGAGUGGAACAUAUCACAUAAAUUUUAUUGUGUCUCGUCUAAUAACCAGUGCUUGAUUACGAAUAAGAACAGGCAGACAUGAAAAUAAUGUUUCUCCACACAAAUGGUCAUAUUUGAUAAACAGUUCUCUUGAGUCUUUGGAUCUUAAAACCAUAGACCACAUACCACUUGUGAACUGUAAUAGUUUUUCCUCUACAAAAUUGGAAUGAAACUUAGUAGGAUGUGUGAUAACAUAAAAGUAAUUAUUUUUCAUUCUGUUUUAGGUAGAUGAACAUAUUACAACGUUUUGAGGAUCUCUUUUCUUCAGGGGAGGGGGCAGGGCUUUAGUCAUCAUGCUCUGGAGUAAAAUUUUUAGAGGAGGUUUCGUUCAUUUGAAUAUAACUUGUUGGUAAUAUGUUCCAUGCUGAAGAAACUUUUUUUUAAUAUCAUACAGUGGGUCCAAUUUACUCUUUUAUUAAAUUCUAAUUACAGUAAAAGACAACAAUAUCAGAAAGUUGCAGCAUAUUACAAUGUAAUCUUGUUACGGUUAUGAUAUGCAUAACAAAAAGACCCCAUCGGUAUAUGAGAUAGUGAAAGUAUAAUAGAUAAUGAAAUUACUUGCACAUGUGCCAGUGUCUACGAGUACAUGAAGAAAAUUUUUGGCUUCUGAUUUUGUAUUGAUGAGGUGUUAAUCUGUUGUUCUGAGAAUCUUCUAGGAGCACUUUAUAAUCUUAAGUGUAGCAGGAGUGCAUCUGCAGUCUCAUUUGAUAACAUAAGAUCCUGCAAUUGCAAAGUUUACAUCUCCAUUAAGAGAAAAUAUACUUAAGACCAAAACACAACUUUGUAGUAUAAACUGAAAAUAGAAAGGUAAAGGAAACUAUUUCCAAAAAUUUGACACAAAAAAAGGCACAGACAUCUGGAAGAAGCUGGAAUUUAAUACUUUCAGCCUCUGAAUAUUUCACAGGUAUUUAUAUGUUCCACAUGAUAGUGAAAUUGUGUAGGCUUUGAUUUGUUUAAGUUAUAUUUUAUUGUACGUAUUACCUUUCAUAAAGGGUAGCUGCAAGGGGAGGCUCACUUUGUUUUCUAUUUAUGAUUCUUUGUCUGGAUGUCAUGUUUUCAAAAAAAUUUUCCACAGCUGACCUAACCAUCUUGUUUCAAGAGAUAAUCUGUGCGCAAUUUAAUACAUAUGGAAUAUAGUUGAUCUGUUCAUCUGACCCAGUAGGGGUAGCAAUUUCUGAACAGCCUUUAUCAAUACUUUAUAUCAUAAAUUUCACAUUAAAACUGGAACAUACGGAAUAAUCUUACCAUUUUUCUCUGUUACAAUUGAUUGAACUUUGCUCUUUACCAUGUUACUCAUGCAAUCCAAAAAUACCUCAAAACAGAUUUACAGAACUUGAGAUAAAUAUCCUUACUUUGUACAUUUUUAGAUAUAACAAAAUAUCUGAGAUAAAGGAAAUUUGUAUGAAAUCAAUGAAGAGAUGAAAAGAAUAAAUAAAAUACUGAUAAUUGAAAUGUUUUAAAACUUAUGUUGUAAGUUUUUUGCAUUUGCCACAUUUCAUUUGAACAUCUUUGAUUUUCAGUAUAAUGUUUUGAUCUUCCAUUUUACAUGAUGAUCUAGACUGCUGUUAAGAUUAGGUCUUAUCGUUACUCGUCAUUGUAAGAUCCUCAGAUUUCAUAUAACCUGUUGUUUUAUCAGCCUAUAGGGAAUGCCACUUGUUAGCAUUGAGAGUAGGAGUGAAGUGUAAUGAUUUAUAAGGACUAUAUUAUCACACACUCAAAAGUGAGGAAGUUAUUAAUUAUUGAGCAGAAAUUGGUAUCGAUGUGUAAGGACUCAUGAGAAACAGAAAGUACAGCGAGAUUGUUUGUGAGCACGCAUUCAAGUGGAAGAGUGACAGUCCCUGAUCAAGCUGAUCUAACACACAAUCCAGAAGUUCUCUUCAGGAAAUUCUAGCCAGAAAAUGUCCUGUAAAGUUAGAACUGCAAGAUUCAUUGCUGUCCUUUACAAUGCAGAUAGCAGUACCCUUCAUGUAUGGAAGAAUCUCAUGUGUUUCUGUUUGUUUGUUGGAAUGCUAGCACUGGGUGUUGGGUGCUACUAAAUAUCUCCAUUUCCAUUCAGGUGAAUUAACUCUUGACAUGCUUUGCCUUUUACUUUAUAGCUGUCAGUACAAUGAAUGGAUACAGCCUGGAUAACAGGUCAAAUUCCGGACACAGGGGCAAGGAUUUAUUUCUCAACUGGGGAGAGGGUGUUUCCUCUGGGCAUAGAGCUGGCAACUUACCUUCAACUAGUGCUGAAGAUAAGAAUGUAUGGAGCUUUACCACAGGGACUUUACGUUUUUAAUUUAUUUUGAUAAAGAAUUCCUGUGUGUGUGAGAUUUUUGUUUAAAGUCUCCAUCCCGCCUACUAGUGCCAAGGUCAAGAAUAUGUAGAUCUAUACAUCCACUCCCCCAUACAUCUUCAUGGCAUAGUGCUCAAUUAGUUAAACAUGGGGACAAUUUUAACUUUUACCUUUACAAGUUUCUUACCUCAUGACACUGUAAACUUCCCAGCAAACAGACUGGUAAGUGUAAGUGUAAACAUGUAUAAGUGAUUUCAAGAGUAUGAGUAAUUCUGGAAGGCUGUAAUAAUGUUAUUUCUAUGACAAUAUAACCAACUUGCAUAAUUGUAA